AUUCACACACCAUACAGCAGUCACAAGACGAGUGUAUUCACACAUCAGCCUGACGUCACAAGACGAGAGUAUUCACACAUCUUCCCGGCGUCACAAGACGAGUGUAUUCACACAUCAGCCCGGCGUCACAAGACGAGUGUAUUCACACAUCUUCCCGGCGUCACAACACGAGAGUAUUCACGAAUCUUCCCGGGAUCACUAGACGAGUGUAUUCACACUUCUACCUGGUAUCUGGAGAGGGGAGCAUUCCCAUAUCUCCCUGGUACCUUGAAUCGAGAGUAUUCACACAUCUACCCGACGUCACGAGACUACCGUGGCAUACAAUUUAGGCCAACAUGGCCCAUCUCUCCCACGAAGAAAAGAUGGCCUACACUGAGAUGUUCCUGAAGGUGGACUCAGAAAGUGGGGAUGGAGACGGCGCGCUGACAAUUGACGAGUUAGAGAAGCUGUUGAUAUUCUGUGGCCAUAGGGUGCCUAGAGCGGACAUUACCAAAGUCUUUGUACAGCUGGAUACCGACGAGAAUUGGAAGAUCACACUGGACGAGUUCCUUGCAGUCCUCCCACGGUUAUCUCCCCCUGAUUCGGCAGAUUUUAUCGCUGCCAGAGUUAGACGUAUAUUUGACGUAUAUGACGUCAACAAAGAUGGCUACGUGACCCAGGAAGAGUUUCAGAUCAUCAUGUCCAAAGCAGGUCAACCACUCAGCAAGAUCCAGAUACACGACCUUAUAGCCAAGUGUGACAAAGACGGAGAUGGCAAACUGAACUUUGAAGAAUUUCUCACUCUAUACGUAGCCUAAUAACGGCAUAGAUAUCUGCUGCAAUCUGAUCUGGCACACGUGGUCCAAUGCGAGUCGAAGCAUGGACAUUUGGACUGGUCACGGUGCGCCUAUGCUGUUCAUGCAGACUGGAUACCCAGUAACGCUGAUAGAUAACCUGAUACUUAUAAACUGACGUACAAAAGAGAGUACCCACCCGAUGCUUACCAUAUAUGUAAAAAUAUUAACGUUUUUGUGACAUCCGUGUCACAAACAUUGUUUCCUUGUUGGCAAAAUACCAUAGACGUCGUACAAUACUGAGGCGGUGUAAGUCACAUUCAAACACUUUUCAAAAACAUUUCGUUGUUGUUUUUCUUAAAGAAUAAUCUCUUCAAAUCCAAACGUGUACUGUCUUUUAUACCUCAGUUAUAUCGUCUAAUGAGAUUCGUCCUGAUUACGUUGAGGGGGUGUGUCAUCAUCAUGCCCUGCUCGUGGGUUUCGUCAUUGUGGUUAACUUCUAAGUAGAUCUGCAUAGAUUCAGACUUUUGUCCAACAUUGAGCUGGCAUGCCGUGAUGUAUUUAAACAUGGUAUAAACCUCCCUCGCUCUCAUGAGCUUCAAGACAGUUACCUGUUAUCAGUCCUUGCUUCAGUUUCAACUCUUCCUGUCCCAUUUUCACUUUGAAACAGUUCAUAUUAAUGUCUGAAAACCGUUCAUAUUAAGGGCAGUGCUGAUGAUUUUAAGGGGUGGGGUGGGGUCACCCGUUUAUUCUGGGGAGUUUGGGGGUCGCCAAUUUUGUACACUUGGACCAGGGGUGUGGGGUGUCAGUGAUUCUGUACAUGACAAAUUUUAGGGGUUAAUUCACAUUGUACAUGCGUCUGCAUACAAAUCAUCAUCACCCCACAAUUUACCAUUUUGCUGAUAUAUACCCAUACCAAUAAUGGUUGCCGCCUCCUUCAAUUUCAUGAAUAGGUUGGGGGUAUUGGCAUGAGUAUAUUUCUUUGAUAUUUUCAUGCACAUAAGCAAGUAUUGAUCAGACAGUCUGUUUCUAAAUACGUCAUUUUGCGUUACCUGAUGC